UGUUUAACUAUCAAAUUCAUAUUUUUCUCAUUCAAAAAUUAUAACCAAGGUUUAUUUUUCUGUGAUAGACCUGUAUUCAAAUGAGAUUUAAUAUCUCCUAGCUUUCGUGAAGGUUGAGGACAGUUACGAUAAAUCCAUUAUCUGAUUAAUUUAGUCUAUUUGUAUUUUAUGAAAUAAAUCUGGCAUUUUAAAAGGCAGUAUUUGCAUUUAAUAAGCUGUUUUAAUCUCCUUCUUCAUAAGGAAGUAUAAGCACGUGACAGGUAGAUAACACAGGUGUGUCACGUGAUCAGAAUCCAUACACAGGACAACCACACUUGCUGAACUGUCAGUUUCGAAAUCUAAUGAUGGACCCCUGUGCCCAGGAUAUGCCCUCUGCUCCAGUCAAACAGCUGCGUGAUGAACCAGAGAGUGUUACCACCAUAAACACUGGAUAUAGUCGUCGACUCCACAAUGUGGCCUGUCUUGGUGAUGUAGAGAUCUGGACAAGAGGAGAUGACAACACCAUGAAACUCUUCAGCAUCAAUCAGGGAUCACUACUCAAGUCAGUCACAACCAAGUCAGGGAACGUAUCAUGGGACAUAGCAGUGACAAAAAGUGGAGAUCUAGUUUAUACUGAUUACAGUGAUAGAACUAUGAACAUUGUGAAGAAUGAGAAGAUAGAGGAGGUGAUCAGACUACAGAACUGGAAACCUCAAGGUGUCUGUAGUACCUCCUCUGGUGACCUCCUGGUUAUCAUGGUCAGUGAUGAUAAAAAACAAUCAAAAGUUGUCCGUUACUCUGGCUCCACAGAGAAACAAACCAUUCAGUUUGAUGAUCAAGGUAAUCUUCUCUACUCAGCUGGUAGUCGUAGCAGACACAAAACUGAGAACAGGAACCUGGAUAUCUGUGUGACUGACAAUGAAGCUAAAGCAAUAGUGGUGGUCAAUCGAGCCGGGAAUCUGAGAUUCAGGUACACUGGACAUACUCCUGCUCCAAAGAACAAAUUAUUCGGUCCAAGAGGAAUUACCACAGACAGUCAGAGUCACAUCCUUACAGCUGAUUAUUACAAUGACUGUGUCCACAUCAUAGACCAGGAUGGACAGUUUCUCCGUUACAUAGAAUGUGGACUGAGUAAUCCAUUGGGACCGUGUACAGAUAAAAAUGACAAUUUGUUUGUACCUGAAUUGUGGAGCAGACAAGUGAAGAAAAUAAAAUAUCUGAAAUAAUAUACAGCACUAGUACUGUCUUGUACUCUAUAAAAUAAAAGAUGUAUGUUUUAUAACCGAUGUAACAAUUUGCUGCAUAAUAAAAUUUUGCAAUAAUACAUAUAUGAAUUGGGAAAUAAAAG